CUCAAUCCCAGGACCCGAGGAUCACGAUCCGAGCCAAAGGCAGACACUCGACCACUAAACCAUCCAGGUGCCCCUUUCUUUUUCUAUUUUUCUAUCAUUUUUGACCACGGAUAACUUUAAAGGCUUGGAGUAGAAAAUCAGUAGCAAAUCACCUCUCUGAAAUAGGGACAGGAGAGAGACGUCGGAGGGGAAAGGGGCUUUACCUUGUCAUUGGGGUGUGGGGAGAAGGCAGGGGACCAGGGCUGAGAGUUUGUAGGCAGAGGAACCUACCAUCCUUUGAAGCACCAGCAGGCGGCACUGCCUCCUUGUGCUGGGAAGGCAUCAGCCUCUGGUAGAGAGGGGGGCAAAGUUCUGUCUAUGAUAAUUCCACAAAUUUGUUGGUGCUAACAGCUCAACCGUUGGGGGUUUCCCCUGAGAGUCCAGUGCACUGGGGCGGUGGACCCUUUGGUGCCUCCGGGUGGUGGCCUACGGUGCUGCAGCAGAAGGCGUGAGAGGCGGAGGGUGGACAGCACAGCUGAGCUCACCGCUGAGGGCGCAUCCAUCCCUCUUGGGCCUAUAAUUUGGGUUCCCCGAGCUUGGCCGCCCCUAUCAGCGGCUCAGCAAUAGAUGAGUCACCCGGGACCCCGGGCCAAGGCAAACAUGAGGGGAGGAGGAGGAGGUGGUUCCCGAGGCUUUGCUCUGCUUUAGCCACCGCCUCAGUUGCUCGAUCCCCCAAUCUCCCGGGGCCCCCACUCUUUUCUUUGACCCCCGCCCUCCAGGGCCCCAGUGCUCUUCCCAGAUUGUUCAUGCUACACCCUCUGUCCCCAUGGUGGGAAGGCAGCCCUCCAGUCUUCUCAUCGAGGGGCAGGGGGACCAGCUUGCUCCCACUCCCUACCCAAAGUAAUGACAGCCCCUCACUUUCCCCCUCCAGUCAUGGCCCCAACCCCUGUCAAGGUCUCUCUGGUUCCCGCCCCUCCUCUUUCCUGGAGCUGGCCGCGUGCUUGGGGUAUUAGGCAAUGGGUGUGUACCCACAGCCCUCUCCAGACCCCGCCUGCUCCACCACCCUCCAGCCGCAUGCGGGUCAGUGCUCAGGCCAGCCGGUCGGGCCAAGGGCACUGGGGGCCAGUUCAGGCCACCCAGUCUGCCUGCCUGUGGCCUCCCUUCCCAGAGCCGGGCUUCUGCAUGGAGAGGGAACAGGACUGUGGGUCCUUGGAUUUGGGACAGACCAGCUUGGGGAGCCCUGGAUUCACUGAGAAGUUGGAGUCUAUGGUAGUAGUUCUGACCCUGGUCCUCCUUGGCACCUGACUGUUCUAUAGCUUGACAAGGGUAGAAUCGGAAGUAACAAUCGGAACCCCGAGGGAGACCCAGAGACAUAGGGAGAGAUACAAAUGCCUGUGGGAGAAGAGGGGCAUAGGAAACCUCAUCCCCUUCCUCCAGGACCUGAGUGGAGUCCCAGGCUGACAUGCAGGAAGAAGGGCAAGGACGCUGGCAACGAUCACUGAAUCCAGGUGUAAGGAUGAAAACUCCUGAGAUACAGCUUACAGAUCCCGGUGGCCUCAAAAGCCACACAUGGUUUGGAUCUUGGCGUCUAAACAGGAAGGAGAGACAGAAGUCUGAGGGCUAUUUCUCUUCCUCCUCUGCCCCCAGAGGUGAGAAAGCAAGGGAAAGCAACCCUCUCUGGUCAGAGCUGUCCAGUGUCGGGAACCAUGGCACUUUUACCUCUCCGGCCUGCUAAAGACCUGGUACACAAGGGUGGUCAAUAAAUAACAUGCUGGCGGAAGAAAGUCACUGAUAUCUCUCAGCCUGCUCUGCCCCCUAGACAGCAGUGCCCCCUGCAGCACAGGGCAGCCCCUGCAGCAGCACAGGCUGGAGGCUGACUGCCCAGAAGAGCUGCAUAGCCACCACCAAGGAAGAGAUGACUGUGGCUGUGGGUUUCGCCCCAUGGCUCUGCUUCCCCAGGGGGCCUGUCUCUGAGUCAACGUGCCAGCCUCGGGCGCGCGGGGCCAGUCGUGCCUUGGGCUGCGGUCUGGCAGGGGCGGGGGGCGGCUGGGAAGCCUGGGGCCCCUCUCUGGCAAAAAUAGCCCGCAGUGGUUAGAGCUGGGUGGGUGAGUCAGGCAGGAGCGCAGUGGCGCCUAACCCCUUCAGUGCCACUGGAGCUCCCUAAGGUGGCUUGCCCUGGUGUGUGCACCCCAAGAUCAGGCUCUUUCCUUGGCUAUCCCUAGGCUGAGCUUGGUUGGGGAUCCCAAGGCCCUCCUUAUUCCAUGUAAAGCAAGUCUGAAAGCCUGGAGCAGGAAUAUGGGCCACUCCAAGUGCAGACCUGGGGUUCCCAGGAAGGGCAGGAGAACUCUGCGGGCAAGGAUGCCCUAUCAGCCAAGGGAAGCAUAGAAGGCUGGAGAUCUUUGGGGCUACCGGAGCCUCUGCUAGGACCAAGCUCUGAGGCCAAGUCUGACCCCUCCCAAGGGGCAGGCGCAGAGCUUAGAGGUGGGUGGAAGCCAAGCCACCCAGAAGGGAGCUUUGCCUGCUGGCUCUGCGUGCCCUGCGGCGCGCUCUCGCAGAGGGCUCUGCACAACACUGUCCAAGGAGGAAAGUUGCCCCGCAGCUCCGUCUUCAUCUUGUCAAAGGCAUUCUCCUGCCAUUCAGCUCUCGGCGGGGAAACUGAGGCAAAGAGAAAUGACCACGUGGGACCAGGGUCCCGUUUCCCUGGUCGGGGUCACCGCACCCGCCUUGCGGACUUGGCUACCCGGAGCAGGUGAGAGGCGCUCUGGUCACCACCCCCUUCAGUGGGGCCGAGCGCGAACCCAGGCGUCGGGGGAGAGGGUGUGUGUGUAGGCUGGGAGGAGGGGGAGCGCCUGCGCUCCCCGGGUCAAGGCGGGGGGUGCGCGGAGCGGGGUGGGGAUGCCCGGGGCUCGGGGAGGGGCCGCAGCUCUGUCAGCCGCCGCAGAGCCAAGGGGGAGCUCGGCGCGAGGCGAGCGGAGCCGGAGCCCCCAGGUCCUUGCGAGACCGCUCGCUGGCUUUCUCGAUCGCUCCCUCCCUCCCUCGCUCCCUCCCUUCCUCCCGGAGGCUGCGGCGGCGCUGGGGAAGCGGCGGAGAGGAGUGGCCCUGCCCUGGAAGAAUGCGGCUCUGCCGAGGGGGCAGGACCCAGCGCCGUCUCCCCACCGUUUGAGACGCCCGAGCCCCGGCGACCCAUCCCUCCGGUGGCGACCUCGCGCCAGAGCAGCUGGAGGCCCUGAUCCAUCCGCCCACCGGGGCCUCCGGGCCUGGGCUUCGACAUGCCGGAGGAGCCCCGGCCGCGGCCUCCGCCCUCGGGCUUCGCGGGUCUCCUGCUCCUGGCGCUGUGCAGUCGGGCCCUCAGCAAUGAGAUCCUGGGCCUGAAGCUGCCCGGGGAGCCGCCGCUGACCGCCAACACCGUGUGCCUGACGCUGUCGGGCCUGAGCAAGCGGCAGCUGGGCCUCUGCCUGCGCAGCCCCGACGUGACGGCAUCCGCGCUUCAGGGCCUGCACAUCGCGGUCCACGAGUGUCAGCACCAGCUGCGCGACCAGCGCUGGAACUGCUCGGCGCUCGAGGGCGGCGGCCGCCUGCCGCACCACAGCGCCAUCCUCAAGCGCGGUUUCCGUGAGAGUGCUUUUUCCUUCUCCAUGCUGGCGGCAGGGGUCAUGCACGCGGUCGCCACGGCCUGCAGCCUGGGCAGGCUAGUGAGCUGCGGCUGCGGCUGGAAGGGCAGUGGUGAGCAGGACCGGCUGAGGGCCAAGCUGCUGCAGCUGCAGGCUCUGUCCCGGGGCAAGAGUUUCCCCCACUCCCUGCCCAGCCCUGGCCCCGGCUCAGGUCCCAGCCCUGGCCCCCAGGACACAUGGGAAUGGGGUGGCUGUAACCAUGACAUGGACUUUGGAGAGAAGUUCUCUCGGGAUUUCUUGGAUUCCAGGGAAGCUCCCCGGGACAUCCAGGCAAGAAUGCGAAUCCACAACAACAGGGUGGGGCGACAGGUGGUAACUGAAAACCUGAAGCGGAAAUGCAAGUGCCACGGCACGUCGGGCAGCUGCCAGUUCAAGACGUGCUGGAGGGCGGCCCCAGAGUUCCGGGCAGUGGGGGCAGCCCUGAGGGAGCGGCUGGGUCGGGCCAUCUUCAUCGAUACCCACAACCGCAACUCCGGAGCCUUCCAGCCCCGCCUGCGUCCCCGCCGCCUCUCAGGAGAGCUGGUUUACUUCGAGAAGUCUCCGGACUUCUGCGAGCGAGACCCUACCGUGGGCUCCCCCGGCACUCGGGGCCGGGCCUGCAACAAGACCAGCCGGCUGCUCGAUGGCUGUGGCAGCCUGUGCUGCGGCCGUGGGCACAACAUGCUCCGGCAGACACGAGUUGAGCGCUGUCACUGCCGCUUCCACUGGUGCUGCUAUGUGCUGUGCGAGGAGUGCAAGGUCACGGAGUGGGUCAACGUGUGUAAGUGAGGCCCGCUUCACCACAGGGCUGGCCGAGGGGAGGAGCGCCUUUCAGCUCUUUGCUCCGAUUUCUGUCCAGGGUCAAUCUUGGCUCCUAGAAGCUCAAAGUAUCUACCUGGAAGCAGCUUUGGGGGUGGUGGGGGUCAGGCAGGCAGAGUCUGUGGUGUGCAGCCUUCUCCCCUCCCCGCAGUAGGAGGGCCUUGGAGGGAAAACUGUCACUCGUGUUCUGCUCCUUAAGCACCAGAAAUGAACUAAGAUGAAAUGCACUGUAUUGCCCCCCUCUCUCCAACCCUGAGGUCCCCUUAGCUCUGGUUCAUGCUCCUUCUGGGUGGGGCGUCCCCAUAGUUUGACCACUCUUCUCCUUGGAGGCACAGCCCCAGGCGUUGUGGGGGAGCCAUAAGGCCUGUAUCCAGGGAGACCACUCAUUCCUACCUGCUGUUCCCAGACGCCUCUACAGAAGCCUGGGCCCCGUCUUGUGGGGUAAUAGGAGACAGUGAUAGAGAGGUUUUUCUUUGGGAAGGGACAGAGUACUGGGGGUAGGGGGAGCUCUCCCCUGAGUCCUCAAGAGUUGUUUGUCUAGGCCUUUAGGGAAACUGUCCCAGGCCCUCAUUCAGAUGGAACCCUCCAGAGGAAGAGUUUUACCUAAGACUCUCUGAGCCUCUUAUUGGUUUGUUAGCAGGAGGGAUGGGAAUGGAUAAUUUAUUGUACUGAGACUUGCUCUUGGUUUCUGUUUGUAACUAAAAUAAAUUAAACUACUGGACCAGUGGA